UAUCUCUGAGCCCUCGCUCGCUCUCCGCUGCAGAAUCCCUGCUCUUUCUUUUUUUAUGAAUGAAGGUAAUAGCUGCAGCGUGAAGCUGGUUGGAAAACAAUCUUCCUUCAGACCUGGAUCUGCAGCCCUUGUUGCCACCUCCCCCCCCCCUCCAUUCCCCGCAACUCCAUCUUCUCUCUCUCUCUCUCUCUCCCACAUUCAGGAGUCAGGCGCUGUAAUUUCUGCGGAAGAGAUGAUUCCUUCAGGGAUUUCGGCUUGUGGCACGAUUCUCUUGUCUUAGCUCGUAGCGUGAAGUCAUUCCCUUUGCGACAAUGUCGAGUUAUUUAUUUUUAAUUGAUACACUAUUCAAAUGGAUACAAUGACGAAGGUGCCUGCGAUUCACUGAGAAAAACAGGCGAACCGAGAGGAACCUACUUCCUCAUUGAAGAAAGAUUUUCCAUUGGGCACGCCCAUGGGUUGAUGGAUACAAACAUGGACUACGAAAGACCAAACGUAGAAACCAUCAAGUGUGUGGUCGUGGGCGACAACGCAGUAGGAAAGACCAGGCUUAUCUGUGCAAGAGCCUGUAAUGCCACCCUAACACAAUACCAACUAUUGGCCACUCAUGUACCAACAGUCUGGGCCAUUGACCAGUACCGUGUGUGCCAAGAGGUUCUGGAGCGUUCACGUGAUGUGGUUGAUGAUGUCAGUGUUUCACUGCGGCUCUGGGAUACGUUUGGUGAUCAUCACAAGGAUAGGCGCUUUGCCUAUGGCAGAUCUGACGUGGUUGUGCUCUGUUUCUCCAUUGCAAACCCCAACUCUCUGCAUCACGUAAAAACCAUGUGGUACCAGGAGAUUAAACACUUCUGUCCACGUGCCCCUGUCAUUUUGGUAGGCUGCCAGUUGGACUUGCGGUACACUGACCUGGAAGCUGUUAAUCGUGCACGGAGGCCUCUUGCAAGGCCAAUACGACACAAUGAGAUUUUGCCUCCAGAAAAGGGUCGUGAGGUGGCCAAAGAACUGGGAAUCCCCUAUUAUGAAACCAGUGUGGUGGCCCAAUUCGGCAUUAAAGAUGUCUUCGAUAAUGCCAUCAGAGCUGCCUUAAUUUCCAGGCGGCACCUCCAGUUCUGGAAGUCACACCUGAGGAAUGUACAAAAGCCUUUACUCCAGGCCCCAUUUCUGCCUCCCAAGCCACCUCCCCCCAUCAUCACUGUCCCAGAUCCCCCCAAAACCAAUGAGGAGCAUCCCGCCCACUUAUUGGCCAAUCCUCUUUGUGCAGAUGUCAUCUUGGUGCUUCAAGACAAGGUUAAAAUCUACGCCCACAAGAUUUAUUUGUCUACCUCCUCCUCUAAAUUCUAUGACUUGUUUCUAAUGGACCUCAAUGAAGAGCCAGAGUCUGGCAGCGAAAGAGCAGUGGGCCACAGUGACAGGCAGGGCAGGGAACACUUAAUGAGAGCUGCUAGUUUUGACGUCAGUGAGAGUACAGAUGAAGUUCCAACCACCCAGCUGUUAUCCAAUCUUCGAGCCUCUACCAGUGAUGGUAUCUUGAAACUGAAUGCCUGUGAUCAAAGUGCAAAAGCAUGGCUGAAAAGAAGAAAGAUAUUAUCAACGUGGAGCAGAGCUUUUAUCAGCAUCCAAGAAGAGCUAGCUGAAGAUCCCAUCACGUUGAACAAUCGGCUGAUGACUGUUGUCAGGAUGGACUACUCUGUCCACCCUGAUGCGUUCAGUGCUGUCAUGCAUUACUUGUACACUGGCCAGCUGGAUGAGAAUGAGAAGGAGCUGAUGCAGAUAGCCCACAUUGCAGAGCUGCUGGAGGUUUUUGACUUGCGGAUGAUGGUCGCCAAUAUUUUAAACAAUGAGGCCUUCAUGAACCAAGAGAUUACCAAAGCAUUCCACGUGAGGAGGGCAAACCGUGUCAAAGAAUGCCUUGCCAAGGGGACCUUCUCAGAUGUGGUUUUUAAGUUGGAAGAUGGGACAAUCUGUGCACACAAGCCCUUGCUGAUUUCUAGCUGUGAUUGGAUGGCUGCAAUGUUUGGUGGUCCGUUCAUGGAAAGCUCAACUAAGGAGGUGUACUUUCCAAACACGUACAAGAGUUGCAUGCAAGCUGUGCUAGAAUACCUGUACACAGGACAGUUCUGUUCUAGCCUGGACCUGGAUUCCAUGGAACUCAUUGUGCUGGCAAACCGCCUCUGCCUACCUCACCUGGUAGCACUAACAGAGCAGUACACAGUAAUGGGCCUGAUUGAAGCAACCCAUCAAGGUGUAGACAUCGAUGGAGAUGUUCUUCUGUACCUGGAAAUGGCUCAGUUCCACUGUGCCCAUCAACUAGCUGAAUGGUGCCUGCAUCACAUCUGUACAAACUACAACAACGUAUGUCGCAAGUUUCCCAGGGAAAUGAAGGCCAAGUCUCCCGAAAACCAGGACUACUUUGAAAAGCACCGCUGGCCUCCUGUCUGGUUUCUAAAAGAGGAUGAUCACUACCAGCGAGCCAGGAAAGAACGUGACAAAGAGGAUUACUUGUGCCAGAAACGUCAGCUGAAGCGCAAGUGGUUUUUCUGGAAUUCAAGUUCACCUUCCACAGCCUCGUCCUCUUCCACUGUUGUCUGAAACUAUGGCUUGGAUUGAUUGACCCUUUCUAUUUUAGAAAAAAAACUGUCGGUUCACCCAGCGUACGGCGGUUUGAAGGCCUUAGUUUCCAAUUGGCCAAGCCUUCAGUGGAUUUUAAUAACGACUGGGCCAAAGUGGUGAAAGACAGCUAAACCAUGGGAGCCAAAGUGAGUUUUUAUUUUCUGAUGGCUGGUGCCAACUUUCUUUCUCUCUCUCUCCCUCUCUCAUUCAUAUGUACACAAACACACUAACACACACACACAAGCACAUGUAUACACACCAACACACAAACGAGGCAUUAAUAAAGCUGAACUGUUGGCUCAACCCCAUAAUUAUUGCCAGACUUGGGAGGGUUUGGUGAAACUGAAUCCUCUGCCACAUUGAUCAGAUCAGAUAAACUACAGUAAAGCAGUGGGAGAUUUUUGAUUGUGAUUUUAUAAUUGGCAGCUUCUGUUUAAACCUGGUUGCUAACAGGGAGCCAUCUCUUACAGUAGUACAUUUCGGGGAAGCAUGCUAUCUCCUUUGCAUGGAUCCUACUAUGGCUGAGCCAGCUCUGGUAUAUCCAAGGGUUCAUUAUUUGGGUUUGAAUGGAAUGGUUCUGAUCACCUAUAUAUACUGCUCAUAGCUUCUGUUUAAAGAAUGAGAAGUCAGGGUUAAUUUCAUGGAAGUUUUAUCACAGAAUACUUAUCUUCCUCCUGAAUGUCGGAAUGUCACCUAAGAAUUUUUUUUUGUUGACUUAAAAAGUAAUCCCUGCAUUUGGAAUUUACCCUUUACACGCUGGACCUAUGUACAAAAUGUACGUGUUUUGUAUUUGAAAAACUGAAGUCAAGUGAACUGGAAGUUUCAGUGAAUAAAUCUCAGUCAGGAGCAAGGUGAUUCCUUCUCAACGUGACAUCUAAGAUUCAGUGUUGUAAAAUGAUACCUGUGCAAACUGAACUCUGACACACCAUAAGGGGACAAUGUGAGGUGAGAGAGGAGCGAGUUGAAUUAUUUUCUUCCCAGCUCCGAGGAGGUUUACACACAGCAAUUUCUUCAGGUGCAUUUUUUUCCCCCAAUUGUGAUACAUCAUUUUUUAAAAAUGCUGCCGUUUUUUUUAAUGUUGCAUUUUGACUGAACUGUUCUUAAAUCUUCAGUCCAGGACAGCCCUGGGGAGAGACUGAACCUAAGGUCAGACAAGAUAUUGCAGGUAUAUUUGAUGCAGCUUUCACAUAUUGAAAUUUUCUUCAUGACAUGCAUCGAGAAUGUUCUCCAGGUCUGGGCCGUUGGAAAUUGGGAUGGAAUCAAGGAAAAGUCAGUUUCCUUUUGAUCCAUUUCCAUUUCCUUCGGCUUGUGCUGGAAAAAUAGCGAUUGUAUCGUGAUUCUUGGGUUGGACAGUUUUCAAACUUAGUUACAGCCCCCAUGUUGUUUGACUGUACCCCAUGCACAUCCUGAGACUGUACUUGUACAUACUUCGGGUGAUGCAUUGGUGCUGGAAGCACAUGGGGAACACCAGACUGUUCCAAAGCUCUCCUGCAACAAUGGAUGGAUUGAUCCAAAACAAGACAAGUGUAAAUGAGCACAGUUUGAGUCAUGAAGCAAGAACAAGACACCCCUCCUUGUGGCGGUUCUUCAAUAAGCAGGCACUGAUGGGCAUCACUUGUAUGUUGUGAAAGCAAAGUCCAAAUGCCUCCGUCAUCUUAUAAAAUCAUUAUGAAACCAGAGUGCACAACAAAUCGGUUGGUGAUUUGUAGUAAUUCUACCAAUUGCUGAGCUUGUGUACUUAAGCAUUUAGAAAUCACCUGUUGGAUGAGUUUUUGAGUUGUGAAUCCUUUUAGAUUGAACAUU